AGAUCAUAUCUUUCACAGCGAUCGAUCAAUCCCCUGGACGAGUGGGAACUUCUUCGCGAGCAAAUAGAAUAUGAAGGGGAGCUGGGGCGAGGAGCGUUCGGUGUGGUUUACAAAGCAAUGCUUUGGGAAAGAGUUGGGAUAGAGGUGUUUAGCACAGAGAUUUCAAAACGGAAACCGUUAUCCAGCAAGACGGAACCUCGGGUGGUUGCUGUCAAGGUUUUACUUGGUGAGACUAAAAACGAAAUUGAUGCUUGACCAUACAAAUAAUAAUAAAAAAAUGUUUUCAUUUUCUCGUUAUAUUACCAGCUAUGGGCAGGUGUUUCGGAACUACUACUUAUGCCCUAGAUGCAAGAACCGAGUUACGACAUUUGUAAAGGAAUAAAUUUGUAAAGGAAUUAAUUAUUUUUAAGCCAAAGUAUUAUUCGAGUGAUCAGUUAUAUAGAUGAAAAUUUUGAAGCUGGAAAUUCAUUAAACCUGGCAGAAUGGCGGUCGUCGGUCAACAUUCGCGGGUAACAGUCCACUGUUACCCUCUGACCUCAUAGAUUUUGCAAUAUUGCGCGCUGAGAGAUUUUGGCGGGAAACAGUUUCAUUGCUAGAUGUCCUUGACCACGAAGUAACCGAAUGAGAGCGCGCGCUGUUAAAAAAAUUCCAGCUAUAUAACAAUAUACACAUAAUGUCAGAUCCCGAGGGGAACAGUUAGUUUUUGUUUUCCCGAGAGUCCUGUUGUUUGAGUCAGGAAUCGAGGGAAAACAAAACUAACUGGUUUCCAGAGGGACCUGAUAUUAAGUGUUUUGUUAUACUGCUAGACUUUCACUUCAACAGCGACAAAAGCAUAACUGAUAACCGGAGCGAAUCAAAACAGUCGACUCGGUUCUUAUAAGAACACAAAUUUAAUUCUCAAAACCACUGAAUGAAUGUUUUGCCAAAUACUUUCCUUACAUUAUCUGCCGUCUCUUUCCUCCCCUAGCUGCUGUUUCUCUUCAGGGGUAACUUCGAAAAUCUUUGUUUUUAGCUUGAGGCUUCAUGGUUGUGUUGUGGGCUCUUGUUGUGUGAAAACUGGCAGUGUUUUUCCCGCCUUCUGUCACGCCACUUUCCACCAUGCUUUGAUCACGUGCUGUAAUGUAUCCCGAGCGGAGAACAAUCGGGAUACAUUUGAUUUUUGUCAAGGCCACGUGACCAAGAAUCAACCAAUGGCAGUCCCCGUUUAGUUGGGUGUAAGUCUAGAAAUAUAACAAUGGACGUUGUUAACCACGUUGUUAACGUUCGAUGUUGUCGUAAUAAUCGUAAUGAAGCAUAACCACGCGCUUCUUAACAAUCUCUUAGUACACAUGCUUGGUACGGAAAAGGCUCAUUUCAUCACAAGAUAAAAAAUCAUUGACACCUAACGUUGUGCAUGACAUGAUCCAUAUGGUUGGGUUCGCCACUUUACAAACGAGAAGGAAACUGGGCCGAGUUAACUUGCGCAAAGACUGCUGGGACUGUUACUGGGAUAAGGGGAAAAAAUGGUUCACCGGCGAAAAAUGUCUGAUUGGUCGACGCGCGACCACGUGACAUUGCCAAAUUCAAAAUGGCGGCAAUACCUCCAUCGUUUGUUUAUUCCAGUGGAAAGAAGCUUAAUUGCGGUUUAAUAUGAGUUGCAAAUGCAUAUUGGAUAUUUUUAGAAUAGCCUAGACUUUUUAUUAUCCUUUUUCACUUAUUCCUGUGGGAUUCGUUUCCUGCGAUGCUCGCGAUUUCCCCGGUUUACAGGAUUCAACUUUGGAUCACGAAGGACAACAAUGUUUCGGAAAAAAGCAGGUUCACUAGAAAGAACGGCCUUUGUUCACAGCUCAAUGCGGCAGAUAAAUAAGACGCUAUGGGUCCUUUGAAAUUGCUUAGACACCUGGUAGUUAUUUCAUUAUUUUAUUUUUCUACCGUAAAGGUAAAACAAAAAUAUUUUUUCUCCGGCAACACUUUUCAAUUUAUAGCGCGGCUCCCACGCGCGCGAAGGGCGCGUGGGACAGAGUCCCAUACCCAUAGAUUAUGGUCAACCUCUUUUCUUUUGGUUGUCACGUGAUUGACCGAGCGUACGUACGCGUCUACGGAUUGUACGGGUGGGGUAGGGGAGACUAUCAAAAGGAAGGGAGGGGUGUCUCAGGCGCGUCUUGCCAAGUCCACAUCUUUUACAUUGGACAUUCACAAUAUGGUCAAUUGACAGCUGUCAAAACAGGAUAGCCACUGACCAGUAUCCCAUGACCAUAUCGCGGGCUCAUGUGUCAGCUCAUUGAGGUGACGUGAUUUAUUUGGAAGCUGUCCGCUGACCAGUUAAUUAUUUUACUAGAUCGCGAUCAAUGUUCAGUCUCAUACUUUCUAGCUAGUUUGGGAUCGGAGCACAGGAAAACUGAUACACGUCAAUGUUGUGAUCCAUUGACAGCUGUCAAAACAAGGUAUCCGCUGACCAGUAUCACUUGACUGUAUCGCGGGCUCAGGUGUCGACCCAUCGAGUUCAAGUGUUUUUUUGAAGUUAUCCGCUGACAAGGUACUGGUUUCAAAUGAUCGCAGGCUCAAGUUUAAUUUUUUUAAAAAUGCAUAUGAAAUAUGUUCUGUUUAUGCGCCGCACAAUUAAAAUUUUGAUUUCAAACUGACCUCGGACGCGAAAAUUCAACCAGCUGCUACAGGCAGGGAAGACAGUUGCUUUUGACUUUUCUCGCCAUGUUCACGCUUUGGUCACCCUCUACGUCCAAUUUUUAUGCUCUGAUUGGUCAAAAUUUGACAGGUGAGUUCAUGCGGAAAAUUUAUGCAGCAUCCUGAAUCUUGUUUACUUUGACAGCUGAAGCUGACAGAGUUUUGUGUCAACUUGUGAUGUUUUUAACUUUCCUUUUCCACUGCAUGUACAAAGUGAAAUUCAGCUGCUAUCAGGAGUCUUCUGUUAUUCAUGGCUAGUUUGUUCACUGGGUUUUUGGUUGAGUCAAAGUCGGAAAUCCGAUUUCGGAUGGCAUCGUUUUCGUUUUCAUCUUGCUUAAUGGGUAAGAGGGUUGCAAAGUCUGAAGCGAUACUGGCCUUACUUGAUACCUUUCAGGAGCUGCAUCUCGCGUGGUAGGCCUAAGUAAUUAUUGUAUUUGAUGUUUGUUUUUUAUUCCUAAUUUAAUGAAGUCGAGCGUAGUUGAUGCGGCUAUUUUGUUUACGCACGUUUGUAAGAUUUGAGACAAUGAUCUGACCGAGUAUCAGGUUUGUUGUAAGCUUACAGAUCUUUAAAAAGCCUUUAGACAUUUUCUCACCGCAAAUAGAAAGAAAACGUUUCAAAGAAUAUUUAGUUAUAAUUCUGGCUGUAAAAGAAAGGUUUGAGCGAUUUUCUUGCCUCGAGUUUCUUGCCUCGAGUUCGUCUGAAAAAAGCAAUCACCGGGAAGCCGGCUUAAAACAUAAACUUCAGCUUUAAGCUCGAAAACUCAGGAUUUUUAGAGACACUUUAAUACUUGUCUUCCUGAAUGAAAAUUGUCGUCUCUGUAUAUGUUUCACUGAAUUAUAUUUCUUUUAUUGAUUGUUAGUACUCUCUCUUGUAAUUUUAAUCGUUGUGCCGAUUGUUUUCAGUCGUUCAGUAAACAACGCUUCCCGGAUUACUUAAAAUGCCGCGCGUUAAACCGUUUCAAAAUAAAAAAUAAACAUAAUAAAUUCCUCUAUUAUGUUGGAGCGUAACUCUGUUAAUGUUCAUUCAAACACUCACCACUGCUAGCACUGUAAAAGUCAGAACCGGCUGGCCGUAUAGAUGAUUAUUACGGCUAAAGCCCACGCGUUCUUCGAUCGUCCUGAAUAGCAAUUUGUAUCGCAAUAUAUACACCUUAUUCGAUGGCUUAGCAUAUAAUACGUGCGGAUAUUUUGCGAGUUGCGUAGUAUUUUUCCGAGCCCCGCAGGGGCGUGGAAAAAUACGAGCAAUGAGCAAAAUGUCCGCUCGUAUUAUAUGCUAAACCAUCGAAUAAGAGGUUUAUUAUUCCACUACAAAAAAAAUUAUCUGGCAAUUGGCUUCUAUUUUUUGGUAAGAGUAUUCAGAGACAUCCUGAUUCUGUCUGUGAGAAUGACGUUAACAAUUAGCAAAAUGUUCGCGCGUAUUAUUUGCCAAACCAUUGAAUGAGAGGUUAAUUAUUUUACUGCAAAAGAAAAAUGAUAUUUUGGCUUCUAUUUUCUAACGAGAGUAUCCAAAACAUCCUGAUUCUGUCAGCCACAGUUGCUCCUUUUGCAUCCGCCGGUAUUCGCCCUGUUGUAAACCGGUUAAACCAGGACACUACGUUGUAUUACGGCCUCGUAUUUCGCUUGUUCUCUUGACCUUAUAUGGUAGAAUGACAUAAUAGUGGAAUAAUAAUGUGAAAUACUGCAUUCUGUUGUCCGAGGUCUGUAUGAUAAAAACAGUGCCUCAUAGUACUGUUUCUCCUCAGAUGUGAUGUAUAAAUGAUAUAAAAGGUUGGUUUACACGCACUCAGAUUUGUGGGCAAGAUUUUGUAAAAUAAACUUGUGGAACGCAAAAAAUUCGGCCGGAAUUUUUUUCCAGACCUAAUUAAUCUACGGUGAUCAAGAGCCAUUAUGGCUCUUAAUAUAAAUGUGAUCGAAGAUGAUUGCCAGUUUUUGGGUGUACUUAUGAGGCUAUCAACUCGAUGUGAGAUUUGGUUCACUCUUGGGCUGUUUGCAAAUUAUUUUCUGUAAAAUCACCUAGCCUUUCCCUGAAAAGUCACACAAAUGUGCUCUAAAGUUAACUGAAUUGUGGAAUACAAGUUUAUUGUUUGAUUUAAAUUAUAAAUUCAUUAAUGGGAGCCUCGCUUUUAGCCCUGGCUAAAUCCAUAUAUUAAAAAAAAAGCUUGAACAUGAGCUAAAUGAACUUUAUUAGUGUCUGCAUUCAGUCUUUUCAUUGAGAACGGGUGCAAUUUUGAUAUCAAAACUUUGAAGCCGUCUUUGACCGAGCAAGGUUUUUUUUUCUUUUUUCUUUUCAAUGGGUGCUGUGCUUGAUCUGAAUAAGAUAAUGAAAUUCUUGAAAUUAGGGAAAUACUAUAUUUAAAAGAAGAGAACUUUGAUUCAAGUAUUAGUUGGAAAAAAUACUGAUUAUAUUUUUUUAGUACAUAAAGGUUAAAAAAGUGAUGCAUAUAGUCUACAGUGCUACAGAUCUUUCCAUUAAUAAAUUUUAUUGACACUGUCAGGGACAUAUGCUUUCCUUCAGUACACAUUUGUUCGUCAAAAAAAUCUUGUUUGUGGGACUGCACUUUGUUUGAUUCAGGAUCAAUCAAUCUUUUCUGAAGAGAAAUGAAAAGUAAAGUAUGUUAGCACGUCAGAUACUUCAACACUGCCUUAGCCAACAACUUAAAAGAAACUGAACGUCAUAUCAAAAAACAAAUUGAAAACUACUUCACAGUGAAACAACAACCCCUUCAAAUAUAUAUCACAUUAAAUUCAUGCAAAAUGGAGACCUGAUGAAAAGUUUAUAGGAAUAGAAACAAACAAUAAUAACAGUGAAACUAUAAUGUUUGAAUGAGACCUGUGAGUGUUCUCUCAUAAUUCUGACAGAAGAUCAAAAUUGGAAACUGCACAUCCUACACAACUGCAUUCAUCAACAUGAUCCAACAAAAAUUUCAUUAAAACUCAAAGUUUACUCCAAACUUUAAACUCCUGUAAGUUUAAUUUGUAAUGAUUAUUUUUUUCUUGGAAAAAAACUUUUGAAUACUUAAUAGCAUGUUAACUCUAUCAUUCACUCAUACUUUGCUCCAGAAAAAUUAAGCCAAAAACGAUGGACAGAAAAAACAAAAGCAUUCACAGGAAAAUUACCUUGUUCAUCUCCUUCCAGGAUCCGGUUUUCAAGCAAAGAAGCACCCCCCACAGAAAGCCUUGUGUGCAAAAAUUUAGUACUGAAAAAUUGUACACGGGGAAAAAAAUGCUCGUAAGUGCAGUUCCUAACGAGGAAAGUUACAAGUAACUCGUUGUGUGGAUAAUCCCAAGCCAAAUUUAUGAGCAAAAUAAUCCAAACUUCGAUCCUUCAAUAAAAUUGCAAGCCUAAAUGUACAGCAGCUGUGCACAUUGUAAACAGAAUUUUUUUUACAAAUCAAAAUGUUGUCGGACCCAUCGAAAUGCAUGUAGCUCCAAGACGGUCUAAGCGUUUUAAUGAAAACACUCUCACAUUUUCUCAUUCGACAGUUCGGAUAAAACUCAGAUUUCUGUAACAUACAAAGCUGUAAUAAUGUGCAACAACAAUGAAAUGUGCAUCGAUCGACAACAUCACGUUGCGAACUACGCACUUUAGAAAACUGCCGCAACCCGGCUGCUUUCGAUCCACUAGCCACAAGACAAUUUACACAGCAAGACAAUGGCUAAGGAUAUUUCUUUACCUUCUUUAUAAUUUCCUUUGUACCGAGUGACCCGAGAUUAAGUUGAAGCAAGCGUAAGCUUAUUUUUCUGCCAUAAACGGUUUAAACACACGGAGAUUUAGUAUCUAAAUAUAGUUUUUCCAGCAACAAAGUACAAGCUAAGUCAUAUUAACAAAACAAAGCCCAAAAAUGUCUGUCCCUAUACUUUUUUUUGUUGGAUCCGUGAUAAGAAACCUGAACUAAACAACAAAAACAUUUUGGAUAGCGUUGUAAUACGCUCUUCGAUCAACAGUCGAAUGUUGUCGAAUGUUAGAUUCACAAAGUCGAAUUUUGACACAAAAACGGGAUACACAUUUGACAAAACUGUCGCUUCCGUGCAACUCGGUACAAGCUAAUUUAUAUACCAAAACAAAGCCCAAUAAUUUUUCUUCCACUACUUUAUAAUUUCUUUUUGUACCGAGUUGCACGGAACAUGCAGUAAACAAAGAGAGUAAAAAUUACCCACCUUUUCGGCAUGUCUUCCACAUGCAAACCAGCGAUCUCAACGUCAACAACACUGAAUCAGACCAUGCCACUGCGAUUUUUCGCCAGUUCCAGGACUCUAUAUUCUCUAGAGAACACACUUCCGUCAAAACUUUGCUGAAAAAAAUUUUUGAUCUCUUACAGUGGCAAGAAAUUGCAACGCUGUCACUGCCAAAAAAAGCUGCCAUCGCUUCUUUCAUCUCAACAACAUUUCGCGGGUAUUUUUGCCUCAGAGCCAAUAACAUUGCCCGAAAUAGAUCACGUGUCAUUUUUAGUAGAGCAUGUGCAGACAUUUUUUGCCGGUGGAAAAAAAUGGCCAAUAGCUGACCUGCGCGUGCGCGAAGCCUUUGCGAAAGCUAACUCGGCCCAGUCUCCUCCCCGUUUCUAAAGUGGAAGUCGAAUUUAACAGAAAAAGUACCGUGCCAACGUUUUGAUGUGUUUAGAUAAUCUUAGCGCAGCACAGAAAGAAGAAUUCCAGUUUGAGAUCGAGCAGAUGAAGCAGUUGGGUUCACAUCCGAACGUUGUUUCCUUGGUUGGUUGCUGCACGCUUCAGGAUGAAAAGUUCCUGGUGAUAGAGUAUGUUCCUUUUGGGGAUCUGCUGACAUGGUUACGCUGCAGAAGGAACAGGGUGAGAAAAUGAGAAAUUUCGACAAUGUUCUUUGAACUUUAAAAAAAAAAGGAAAAGGAUUCGCCUCUUUAAAAACGAGAAGGAAAAUUUCCGGCUUUCCCCUUUUUUCGAUUGCGAAAUAUUAAGUAUUUUCGCGUUAUUUCCCCCUUAUUUCUCCCUCUUCUCACCCUAUUACAGCACCCGCCUCCCGCCCUUUCCUCUUCCGCUUUCCAUACCCCUCCUGCCUCCUAUUCUCCUGGGUACGCACCACACUUGUCCUCCUCAAUUUUUAGCUCCGAGUUCUCAUUUCAGAACGCUAUGGAGCUAGAAACUUUAGCUUGGACCCAUUUGUUAAUAACAAGUACGUUUUGCUGCGUGAACAAAAUAUGACGCUAUACUUAGCAUUAGAGGCGAGGUGUUUUCACUUUUUGAUGUUGCUGAAUCUUGUAGAUCUACAAACGCCAAACCUCCAAGAAAAUCUACGACGACAAAGUGGGUUUGAAAGAUGACGGAAACGCCAAAAAUCAGGUAGGGGUAAACUAAACGCUAUGUUCAAAUGGUCUUAAAAUUGCAAUCAGAAGUUUUAAGCUUAUGUGUAACUAAAUCACAUGCUUUGAUGUCCAAGAGGACAAUAAAACGGUUUUUGUAUGCGAUAAGCAUGGCUUAGCCUGUAGAGUGUCGAGUCAGUGAGUGGCUUAGACAGACCAUUGGGGCUUAUCAUGUUGACAGUGCCAUAUAAAGUUCAUUUUCGCGACCAUCUAUUCGUAUCCUACAGUACCAUCAUGUACCAACCUCGUCCCCAGGGCUUUUCCCUUAAAAAAUGGGUGGGGCGGGAAAACGCCCUGGCAUCGGCUGGUCACGUGCAGAACCUAAAUAUUCCUGAGAAGCUAAUUUAUAUGCAACCCGCUGGUUUUGCGCUGACAGAAGUCGAACGGAAUGGAAGAUAAUAAUAUCGCGAACUGUAUGUCAAUAUUUUCGCGACUGUGCGAUUCAAAAGCUUGAGAUCCAUUUAAUUGAGUAUUAUUCAAAUGCUACAAGUUUAUGAAAGGGCGUACCGGCUCUACGUUGUCACGUACAAAAUAUGUCAAAUGCUUCAGAGUGGAGACAAGCUGUUAUCGAGUAGUACUUCGACUGAAAUUCAUCGUGACUGUGGAAUUACUGUACGAUCAUCAAGCGGAAAGUGAUUUUGUCCAAUGUCAAACAAAAAUGCGGGCCUUUGCCUCUAGGAUCUGCAGUGAAUUUAAACAAAUUGAACUUAAUUGAAAUAGAAUUGUUCAUCAAAAUGCUUUGUGGAGUCUGGUCUUCUCUACAACCCGACCAUGAAACAAACAAAUCUCCGCGCCGGAUGCAAGUCAGCCCUCCAGCCAGGAACGAUGACAGGUCGCCGAUCUGAAACAUUUGAAGUUCUCUUAUAUCUUUUCUCUUCCGAGGAUAAGUACAAAGGAUUUUCUUUAUAUUAAAGGGAAGAUUGAACGAUCGAUUGGAAUCAACUACAGCUAUGUCAAUUUUAAAUGGACCCAAGUCUUUCUUUGUUACCAGUCGUUUGAUACCCUGGGUGCCAGAGACUUUUCAUGCGCGGUUUCCGGUUUCGGUUAAGUCUCGGAGAGGUCAAUGAAUUUUUUAAAAAUACAGGUCAUGCAAGAUAAGGAUAAACCAACGCGUAUCGCUAUGAUGAUAUGGCUGAGAGUUAAGGUGAAUGGAACUAGGUUGUGUACGGCGGUCCACUUCGCAAUAAAUAAAAUAAAAUAUCAAAAGAGUCGCGAAAAGGAACUUUUCCAGUACAAACUUUAUGCAUGUACGAUAGCUUGUUUGUCAUUUAUAUCGCUCUAUAAAGGAAGUUUUAAAAAUGUUACCGCUCGCUGCCUCCUUCAUAGAAAUCGGAGGAAAGCAAAAAAUUACCAUAGCCAGUAUCUGUGACAAAACGAAACCUUUUCGUAAAACUUUUCGUUAAUCGUCAAUAGGUAUAAAAGGCCGCCCAAGAUCGCGCGCUGUGAGGUUACGCAUAAUUUUACCUUUUCACAUGGUGCUAAUUUAUUACACCCAGGAUUUUAGGGUGUACGAGGGGACACGUGACCAGCUGAUGCCAGGGCCUUUUCCCGCCCCACCCAUUUUUUAAGGGAAAAGCCCUGGGGACGAGGUUGAUCAUGUACAUAAUCUAAGAGUAUAAUAGUCACAGCUUAUGACAUAACAUUUUCGAGUAAUGCAUCGGCCGCGGUACAUUAUCUUAUUCCGAUGUAUCUCUUCACUAUUUAAAAAUUGGACUUUACAAAACCUAGCUCUGUUAAGGUGAUUAUAUUCUUAAAUCAGGGAGAGCGAAUUCGUCUGAAUAGGUUGAUACAAUUGCAUAAAUUUCGACCUGAAACUGAUCUCUUUACUAACAGAAAUUAAAGUGCCCUUAGAAGGCCUGACAUCCAAGCAGUUAAAGAGCUUAUCAAGUUGAGUUUCCAAGCAUGUAACAAAGUUAUCGUAUCAUAUUGUGUUUUUCUCUUUGAGGUGCAAGAUAAAGAAGAGGAGAAGCAAGUGAGUGCGGAAUUCACUCCGUUAUUACAAGAUGACAAUGAGGACAAGAUGGACAAGAUGUUUUGUGAGAAUGUAAGAACGAAGGGCUUGACCAUUUUACAAACUAACCUCAAUUUUGCUGUCAUUUCCUUGAAAGAGUAAAACUUCUCUCAAUGUUUAAUUCAACAGGAGCACCCAACGAGAAUAUAGUUCAAAAUCACUUAAACAUGCAUUGUUGAUCAUAUUUUAGUAUUUAAACGGUAGAUAUAGGCAUAUUUUUGUCUCCUAAAAACUUUUCAUCUGUUCGGAUUUCCCAGCUGAAAGUAUAGUGAUCCGAAAAUUAUAGGAAUCAAAACUUACCUUUUCCAAACUUUCAGCCCGAACAAGGCUUCCGAAAAUUCUAGGUGACCUUUUUAGGGUAAAAAUCCGUUAAAAAUGGGCAAUUAUACCAUUUUUUAGAUGUUCGAAAACCCUAGGAGGGGCAGGCUAGCAAGAAAUUUUACAACAAAUGUUCCGAAAAUUCUAGCUCUCAAAUCGUCUUCCGAACAGAUCUUUUCCAAAAAUUGAGAUUGGGUGCCCCUGAUUCAGCUCUAUAGCCCCAUCUAAGGGAAUUCAAGACAGUCCUGGAUUCUGGAUUCCAAACCGUGUAUUCCAGAUUCCAGGCACUGGAUUCCAGUAAACGAUCUGUCAGUGGAACUUGAAUCUGGUUUCCAAUCGUAAUUGGGAUUCCAGAUUCCAAAGCCCAGGAUUUCGGAUUUCUCAAGCACAAUUUUCCAAGAUUUCGGGCUCCAUACGCUAAAAAUUCCCCGGAUUCCGAAUUCGGGAAUCCCGAUUUCCUUACAUGCAGCGAACUCUUCCCCUGCAGGAUAAGGGAUUCAAAACUAACAGCGACGAACAGCCAACAGUCCCUUCCGCACCGAUGGAAAAUCAGCACGCCCCCGCCCUGUUAGCCUCAACGGAAAGUUUGGCCGAAGAUCUCACUGAUGACGAGGUGUCGUUUUCCACCGAUCAAAACAUCUUUUUAUUUGCUCAGGAAAUGGCGAAGGGAAAGGUAAUAAUAGAUAUAUAUAUCUAGCCGGAUUUAUAAAAACCGUACCAUCGGACUCCAGGAGCCCACACACCUUAAACUGACUCAACUAAAGUAAAUAUGGCCAAGAAACUCAGCUCUUACCCAUGGUUCUCUUAAGGUGACUCUCUUCUUGGUUCCUGAUUAGCAAAAAAAACAUUCAAGUCCAUCAAAAAGACACUCUGGACUUGUCCAUACACUCUAGCUCCUUAAAGGCCCUAAAUGACGGAGGAUGCUUGAGACUUAACCGAGUUCUAAGCAGAGAAUUCAAGGUAAAAUCACCCCCCCUGACUUCCUCAACCCCCCCCAGCCUAGCACGUGCUUGAGGGGAAUGCUUUCAUUGGCCAAUGGGCCUCAAACGUUACAAGAAUUUGACAUGACAAACUAAAGGCAGACAUGACCAGUCCACUGACUCUCCCAGACCAGGACUAACGGAAGGUACAACGCUUUUGCAGCACCCUCCGCCCCUAGGGAUUGACAUGGAGGCCCCUUUCCAACCCAUGACGAGUUAGCUCAGGGACUGAGCUUGACAAUGAGACCAACCAGGACAGCAAGCCCCCUAUGUUUUUUCUCACCGCAGUGGUCAGAAAGCUGGCUAUCGCCAGCUUUCUGUGCGAAUAAUCUGGCCCAUUUUAAUUUGAAGUAUGUUUUCAAAAAUUCGACUACAUAUAUAUUUUUUAAAUAGCUUGGUCUUUUUAGAGCUACACCUCUUUUAAUGUCACUGGAACCAGUGGUGGCAUCGCGGAAUUACUAAUUAAUUUUCUCAGGCUACUUUUUAAUUUGUUUACGGAUUUUGAUUUCACACAGGAAAGCAAGGAUGCUAAGCAACAGGUGGAGCAAGAGCAGACACAAAUGAACAUGGAAAUGACUCCAUUAUUACAAGAUGACGGUGACGCCAUUAGAGAGGACGCCAAGAUGACCUCUGAGAAUCUCCAUGAUGUAAACUUUUUUAAAUUCAUUUCAUUUUAUCCAUUAAAAUAUGCGAGAUUACACAUGAUUUAGUCCUACUUUACCGUUUUUAAGACGUUGCUUAUUUAAAAUGCGCCUAGAUUAAAAAAACAAACAAAUAAACAAACAUCACACUGCCAUUUUGUUCAUAUAUUCCUUCUUAACAUAGCACUUCUGUAGUCUCUGUAUAUUCUCCCCGGACGUUGUCACCUUAAAGCAAAGCGAGCCACUGCAUAUGCAACUGUCAAAAGGCCACAGCCGCUCAUUACUUAAUAUUCCAUUAAUUAUAGUAAUAAACAAAUAUACUAGUUUCCAAUUAUUUUCACGUCGUUAGUUAUUCAGCCGUUGUGUUGUUAACUACAAAAUAAUCUGCUGAUGUUUAUAAUAAACACUUUUCCUCAAUUUCCAUGUCAAUUUGACCCAUCUGAGACAACAACACAGUCGUCAAAGGCACUAACUCGCGGAGUAAGAUUCUCGGGCGGAGCGUGCGAGCCUCACACGGCUGAGGGGCGUCCGUUCAGACCUUUCGUUUAAACACAUGCGCGCGGUUUCCUGAUCUACACAAAAAUACAGGUUGUUUUACAUUCUAGACCCUUCUUGACAUGUUUUGCACCAUUUGUGGACUUAGGAUAAGGGAUUGGAAGAGUCCACCAAAGAACAGUUGAACAUGUCAAACAACCCACCCGUGGAAAGUGAGCACACAGAAUCAAAGCCGCCCUCAAGUGAAAGUCUCGAGGAAGAUCCACAUGACGAGGAGGAAAGCUUUUCUACUCGACAGCUCUUUAAAUUUGCAUGGCAAAUAGCGAAGGGAAUGGUAGCUACUGUAUUUGUUUACAUGUUAUCAUAUCCGACUAGAGAGUUAGCCUUUAAAAAUGGAUAGGAAUGCUAUUGAACAUUGUGCGCGGUCAGGUCCAGAAGGGCUAACAAAAACAUAUAACAAAGAGUCUAACGCCUUGAGUCUAACGGGUUUCAUUAAUAUUCCACUUUAAUAACUAUAGUCCAACUAAAGUCACUUUAAUUAUUUAUUCUACAAAAUUUCAAAACUCAGGAACAAGAAGUUAAGACAAAAUGGAAUAUUUCGAUCGAAUCGCUCGAACUGCAUCCGUGAUCAGCAAUGUAAAAAUGCCAGGUUAAUAUAUACCAAAAAGGUUGUAAUGUUCCCCCAGGAGAGGAUAGUACAUGGCCGGGAGGUCCAGUCCCUCGUCCCUAUUCACGGACGGUUUUCUUUGUUCGAUGGUAAUGGCCUCCUUGACGCGGUAAAAACCGUGAUGGUGCUAUUUUUGUCAGGUAGAACUUUAGCAUUGUGUGGGUUGAUGUUGUGACCGCCGUCGCUCGGCAGUGUUCAAAAACGGCGAAAGUUUCACGGGAUUGGAGUUCUUUGAUGUGGGUACAAAGGGAUUUUGGAAGAAUACUUUAUCAUAAUUUUGGCUUGUAUAUUUAAGUGUUGGUGUCUGAACUGACGGCUAACUGGCUGUUGAUCAGACAUAAACUCUUCCUUGAAUUUUUAGGAUAUGUAUGUAUGUAUGUUUGUAUGUAUGUAUGUAUGUAUGUAUGUAUGUAUGUAUGUAUGUAUGUAUGUAUGUAUGUAUGUAUGUAUGUAUGUAUGUAUGUAUGUAUGUAUAUUAGUUAUCUGUUAUUAUGUGAUGCUAAAAUUUGAUUUCCCUUUCUCUACCUUUAUAACUAGAACCAUCUUGCCGAAAAAAAUUUUGUUCAUAGAGACCUUGCAGCUCGUAACGUCCUUGUUGGCCAUGACAAUCGGGUGAAAGUGUCUGACUUUGGGUUGAUGCGAAAAAUCUAUGAAGAUGUUAAGGGCUCAGAAAAGUCCAAGAAACUUCCCGUCAAAUGGAUGGCUCCAGAAUCGCUUUAUCGCGCCACCUUUACCAUCAAGAGCGAUGUGUGCGUAGAAUAAGACCUUCAGUUUAACGUUAGCCUAUAGAUCUCAUCGUAUGAGGCUCAUAUGGAUUAACUUACUUUUAAUAGUCUUUUCCGAACUGAUUUUUUCAUCCCCGACGACGUAUACGUAAUUCUUUCGUGGAAUAUAAGUUCGGAAUAUUUUUAGUUAUAUUUUAAGUUCUCGAACGCCAUUUCAUUAUAGCAAAGUUUGGGUUAAAAUUUUGCCAACUGAUUUAUAUUAGUAGGAUUUUGCUGGCCUCUUUAAAACUAACCUAGAAAAGGCAAAGCGUGAAUUCCCUUCCACAAAAUCUUCUUAGCCUUGACCGUCUGACUAUAUCCGCUCUGUAACUAUUUUGUUGUUUUCUUUCAUAGCUGGUCCUACGGCGUACUUCUGUGGGAAAUGGCCACAUUGGGUCUGUAUACUUAGAGAUUUAUUUACUUUAAUUACAACUGCUUGCUUACUUUUACUCGUUUCUAAUAAAAAACACUGACUCAUAAUUUUUUUGGUCCAGGCACCAGUUGUUCAUUCCCAGAUUCCGUCUUCUCUAGCUCUCGCGCGUUUGCCUCUUAAUUCCCUCACACGUAACAUGCUCGCACGAAAGACAAUAGGCCGUGUCCGGGUUGUCCUAGACUACGAGUAGUCCCCCAUUUUGCCUCAGGGAUAGUAAAGCGAGCGAAACGCGAGCGCGCGUGAAAAUCACCCCACGCGAGAAAAGGCGACACGCGGCGGGGAGAGAGAAAAAUGAAGCCUUAUCCCUUAGGAAAAAUGCGGGACUACUCGUAGUCUAGGGUUGCCCCAAACCAUUGUUUCAAAGCGAGGCUAAAUGUGAAGCCAUUGAUAUGAAAAUGAGUUUUUUUACUUUCAUGCAAAGGUAACUCAAUAUCACAAGAAAGGUUUUGCACUCGUUUUGAAAGUGAGGGUUUUUGUAACUCGGAAAUGGUCUAUCCUGAAGGACUCUGCAGUCUUAGACCUGAACAUAUAACGUGAAAAUGAUUGUCAAACUUACUGCCCAGCUUUUUCUGAAUAACUGAUUUUCUUCUUCUGUUGGAUCCAGGAGGCGUACCAUACCCUACGCUGACUAAUACAGAGCUGUAUCGCCUGCUCAACUCUGGAUACCGAAUGGAAAAACCUGACAUGAGUUCCGAUGAAGUGUAA